CGUAACGGCUUGGCGGGGAGCGCGCACGCACACCCACGUAAUGGUCUGUUUACGUCCUAUCUGUGGAGUCGCUGGUGUGACCUGCUGCAGUUUAGUCAACGAAACAUUGUAGCUGGAUAAAAAUCGUAUCUGGGAUAAUAUGAGGCUAAUUUGACAUUUCAGACUCAUACGUCCUCAAGGUGGCUGCGCAUAGUGUGACCUAGCGGAGGUCAUCAUGGAUUAGCGCUAGUUGAAUGGCUUUCUUCAGACAGUGUGACUGACAGCAAGAACUGGGACAAGGGACUUUGGUGCUACUAACGUUAGCUAGCAAGGCAACUUAGCUAGACGUUUUGAAUCAGCUUUACCGUUGCGACAGUUGUUGUCUGGCGUUGGCGUUAGCCGUCAGCUGUCGUUGGCUGCUGCUGCUGCUGCUAGCUAAUGUGUAGCUAUAGUUAUUGCCUCCCAGUGGUGGAAAAAGUAUUCAGAUCUUUUAACGAUUCCUUGAAUAGUUUGAGGUCCUUGAGAGACUCUCAAGGCAGCAUGGCUCCCAAAGACAUCAUGACCAACUCCCAUGCCAAAUCCAUCCUCAAUGCAAUGAACUCACUUCGCAAGAGCAACACACUCUGCGACAUCACUCUGAGGGUGGAGAACACUGAUUUUCCAGCUCACCGGAUUGUCUUGGCUGCUUGCAGUGACUACUUCUGUGCCAUGUUCACCAGUGAGCUUGCAGAAAAGGGGAAAUCUUUUGUUGACAUUCAGGGGCUCACUGCAUCAACUAUGGAGAUCUUGUUGGACUUUGUCUAUACAGAGACUGUGCUUGUCACAGUAGAGAAUGUACAAGAGCUGCUUCCUGCAGCCUGUUUGCUGCAGCUCAAAGGGGUGAAAAGGGCAUGUUGUGAUUUUUUGGAGAGCCAGCUCGAUCCCUCCAACUGUCUGGGUAUUCGAGACUUUGCCGAAACUCACAAUUGCCUUGACCUGAUGCAGGCCGCUGAGCUCUUCUCCCAGAAGCAUUUCUCCGAGGUGGUUCAGCAUGAGGAGUUCAUGCUGCUGAGCCAGACAGAAGUUGAAAAACUUAUAAAAUGUGAUGAAAUCCAGGUGGACUCGGAGGAGCCUGUAUUUGAAGCCGUGUUAAACUGGGUCAAACACAACCGAAAAGAGCGAGAGCCGUACCUGCCAGACAUGCUCGAGUUUGUUCGGAUGCCACUUCUUACUCCUCGCUACAUUACAGAUGUCAUUGAUGCUGAGCCUCUCAUUCGGUGUAGCCUGCCAUGUCGAGACCUCGUUGAUGAGGCCAAGAAAUUCCACUUAAGACCCGAGCUGAGAAGCGAGAUGCAGGGCCCGCGCACACAAGCCAGAUUAGGUGCCAAAGAAGUCCUGCUGGUUAUAGGUGGGUUUGGCAGCCAGCAGUCACCAAUAGACAUCGUUGAGAAAUAUGAUCCCAAAACACAAGAAUGGAGCUUUCUACCCAAUAUUGCACGGAAAAGGCGUUAUGUGGCCACCGUUUCUCUCCACGAUCGAGUUUACGUGAUCGGAGGCUACGACGGCCGGUCAAGGCUCAGCUCUGUGGAGUGCCUGGAUUACACCGCAGACGAGGAUGGCGUUUGGUACACUGUGGCCACCAUGAAUGUGCGUCGUGGCCUUGCUGGAGCCACAACACUUGGAGACAUGAUCUAUGUUGCCGGCGGCUUCGAUGGCAGCCGACGUCAUACCAGCAUGGAGCGAUAUGAUCCCAACAUCGACCAGUGGAGCAUGCUGGGAGAUAUGCAGACAGCAAGAGAAGGAGCUGGUCUGGUGGUGGCCAGUGGGCUUAUAUACUGUCUAGGAGGCUACGAUGGACUAAAUAUCUUGAAUUCAGUAGAGCGGUAUGACCCACACACAGGCCACUGGACCAGUGUCACGCCCAUGGCCACCAAGCGGUCAGGGGCUGGUGUGGCUCUGCUCAACGACCACAUUUACGUCGUGGGAGGUUUUGAUGGCGUUUCACACCUCGACUCUGUUGAGGUCUACAACAUCAGAACAGACUAUUGGACCACUGUGGCCAGUAUGACGACUCCUCGAUGUUACGUCGGAGCAACCGUUCUCCGAGGACGACUCUACGCCAUCGCUGGAUAUGACGGGAACUCUCUCCUCAGCAGUAUCGAAUGCUACGACCCGGUGAUCGACUCCUGGGAGGUCGUCACUUCGAUGGCGACUCAGCGGUGCGAUGCAGGCGUCUGUGUUCUACGAGAAAAGUGAUAUUUGCCAAGAACAAGAACCACAAGAGGAAAAGCAGGCGGGAGCACGGGCAGCUAGACUUUGCUAUAAUGCCACUAAAACAGAGCCACAAAGGGAGAUGUUUGGUCGCCGGUAUGCAAACAGGUACUCUUAAAAGAAAGAUGUUUGAGCUGCCUCCUCCGAAGGACGGUUAAACCUUCACCACUCAGACUGUGCAACAGAGAUUCAGCUUCGCCGUGGUAGACUUCACCUCAAAAGAGGCCUCCAAGGAGCCCAUCACCACUUGCAUGACUCUCUUCAGUGGUACUUGUGUCUGUCGUUAUCUGUGAGAUUAUUUUUUCAGUUUAUCUUCAAAGUGCAAUAUAUUUCUACUCAUCAUAAGAAGACGAUGGAGCAGAUUUAGACUCCAGCUGCUGCUAUAUGCCUUAUGACUUUGGCCAGUGAACAUCCAUGUUGCCUCCCAUUUGACUUUGAUGAUAGUUUCGCCACAUAAGCUUAUUAUCACGUGAACUCAUUUGGCAUUUGCAAGGUCAUUAAUGGGUCAAUAAUUUAGCCCUUUUUUGUAAUUCUUCCUGUAAACAGUGCUUUUAGAUUGAAUCACUUUAUUAAAAAAAGGAUUUAUUACUUACUGUUUCUCUCAGAAGAUAUAUUUAGAAAUAUUGCUAUAGAACAUGACUGAAUUGUGCUGGUUAUUCUUCAGUAUUUUGUCCGUUAAUUUGGCAAAAUUGAAUGAUCAGAAUCAUGAGGUGCAUGCAUGUAGAUCUGGACAUGUACAUGUAGGAUGUCCAAACAUCACUGUUGCCUGGGAAGUAAAUAAACACACUGAGAACAGA